AUGCAAAUUGAGACAGAUUUUAUAUCUGUGAGCCAGCAGUUGACAACGAUAAUAAUCAAGCUGACCAACGGAAUGAUGGAACGUGCUCUGACGAAGCCGCCGCGUUUCUCGUCCGUGAUGGAACGCGCGCGGUUACGCGACAAAAUACUGACAUCUAGAAUCCAUCCGACGAUGAGAUACAUGCAUGUAUGCUUCGAAACCAUGCAAAGAAUCAGUCUGACCUGCUUCGAAGACGGUCCAAUUGACGUAGCUCUUCAGGACUAA